AUGGGAAAUCUAGGCGCAUUUGCUCUGAUAGGGGUUCUGGUCAUCCUGACCCUUCUCUGCCACACAGGUUACAGUUUGCGGUGCUACAACUGUUUUGCAACAGAUAAUCAAUGCAACAUGACCCUCAAGUGUAGAGUGUCUUUGAACGCCUGUCUCCAUGCCAAAAGUGGGAGCCGGGGCGUGGCCUCAGCCUCGCGGAGGGUGGAGCCGGGGGGAGGGGCAGAGCCCAGGUGA